UCCCUGAGAUGAUUUCGAGACGUUGGCAAGAAAAAGUGGAAUUCCAGAAGUUCCCAUUUAAUUUAGAAAUUAUUAGAUGGAUCAGGUUCAGUGGAACAGACCACUGGACCUCGUCCAUCUAAUAAUUUCUCCAUUUACCUAGCCCAAAUUAGAGACCGGUACAUACGAGGCACCUCGUUUUCUCUGGCCUUCGUGUCCGAUCGGCUCCCUUUCCCUCUAUUUCGAUGGAGGGGAGGCGGAGAAUGGCGACUCCAACCGCAGCUGCGAGAGACGAACAGCAAUGGAAGAAGAAGAAGAAGAAGACGAAGAAGGCCGGAGGAAAGGAGUCGGGAGGGAGGUGGCCGCAGAUCAAAAGCAAGAGGGAUCUCCAAAUCAAUCGCCUCAAAGGCAACAGCCUCUUUACGAUACCAAAUUUUUUCACUGCUGCUGAAGCAAAGUCCUUCAUUGAAGCAGCAGAGUCUGUGGGCUUCAUGCACCAAGGGAGCUUGGGUCCAGCCAAAGGUGAAGCCUACCGAGACAAUGACCGCAUUUCUGUCAAUGACCCUGUUCUUGCUGAAUGCAUAUGGGAGUCAGGCCUGAAAAAAGUAUUUGAUGAUAUCAAAGUUCAGGAAAAAGUGGCUGUAGGUCUGAAUCCAAAUAUUAGAUUCUACAGAUAUAAGGUGGGCCAGCGGUUUGGUCGACAUAUUGAUGAGAGUGUGGAUCUUGGAGACGGAUGUAAAACACAAUAUACUUUGUUAAUAUACCUUAGUGGCAGUGAAGGUUCCAAAGUGAAAAAAAGUGUGGGUGGUAACCAAGAAUCAUUCAUGCAAUCUCUAGUUGGAGGGGAAACUGUCUUUUAUGAUCAGAGGCAAGGGGUUGUGGCAGAGGUUGCUCCAGUAGAGGGAAUGGCUCUCCUUCACAUUCAUGGGGCGAAGUGCAUGCUGCAUGAAGCUCGGGCUGUUGCCAGAAAUGUGAAGUAUGUCUUACGUUCAGAUGUUCUUUUUGCUUAACAGUGCAUCAAUUAGUUUCUCAGGAGAUCCUGGACUUGACAUCCUGGAUCAGAAGUGAAUACAUUGAUACUUUCUGAAAGCCACUUAGGGAUUGUUUGGAUAAUUCUGUUGGAUCCGCAGGAGUGGAAACGGGAUUUCCAGUAUUUCAGAAUAUGUGGCCUGGUCCAGCCUAUGUCAACCAGACCACCCCCAGCCAAUUCCUGCAGGGGGAUAACAAACACCUGCCGAGGUCUUUUUUUCUCCCUAUGGAAUUUGGGAUAGCCCACUCCGAAGGUAUUAUUGUAAAUUCUAUGAAUUAGGCUCGGCCCAGACUGUGGUCCUGUGAAUCUUGCUGGAUUGCAUAGGAUUAUCCAGACAAAUCCUUAAUGUUUUGGGGGAUAAAUUUAUCUUGCUGCCUCUAAUGAUGUUGAUGUUAUACAGUUGUAAUCCUUUGUCGUAAUCCUUUGCCAUACAGUUGACAGAUUCAGCAGGCAACACAAACAAGAAUGGUAAUGCAUACAAGUUCAAGGAAGUCUCUCAAAUUUGCUAGUUAUGCUGAUAAAUAUAUGCCUGACCAUCUCAACCUAAAUUUUAAGGAAAAAUCAUUAGUUGUGGCUGCAUAAUACAGCACAUAGCUAUCUGGAUGAAUCAUUGUUCAGCUGCAACCACAUCACUGAAUAAAAGAACCUCUGUAGUAAUGUUACGAAGCUUACUCCCGACAGUUGUGUUUGUAUUUCACAUGAUGUGAUAUGUGGAUAGGAAAAACAGCAUUGUCUUAAUGAUUUUAAAGAAUAAAAUUAAAAGGUUAAUGUUGCUUCUGGA